AACUCAAAUCCAAUGAGCCCAUUCAACCGUACAAAACUAUUUGUAUGUUUCCUCUAUGUUUCCUUCUCAGAAUUUACCUCCAUUUAAUCAACUAAUAACGACAUAAGGUUCUGAAUCACAUACCACACCACGGGCCAUACGUAUGAAUUAAUUAAUCUAAAACAGACAAACAUGUCAUUAUCAGCUCCUCCCGGCAAUGGUUGCAGUUACAUCAAUUCACAGAUAAUAGGAACAUAAAACAUUACCUCUCCGCUGACCAUGGGCAUCAUGAGGCCAAUUAAACAUCCAUGUCCCUCACUCAGUCAUCAUCCUCCGGUAUAAAUCAAUACUUGCAAGGAUGUUUAAAUCUUACCAUUGUUGAUUAAAAUAGAAAUCAACCUCUUUUUUUUUUGUUUUUGGAUAUUUAGAUUCAUCAAAUAGUAUAGCAUAACAUCCCACCAAGUAUCCAAAUUAGUACCAAAAACCGUAUCGCCGACAAUGAACCCACCACCGUCCGUAGACAUCCAACCUUCCUCCUCGCGUUUCCCGCAAACCAGCGCCGCCCCAACAGCCUCCGGCGGGGACCAGCGGAAGGUCGCGAUCGCCGUCGAUUUAAGCGAGGAGAGCGCCUUCGCCGUCCAAUGGGCCGUACAGAACUACCUCCGGCCCGGGGACUCCGUCGUCCUCCUACACGUGCGCCCCACAAGCGGCCUCUACGGCGCCGACUGGGGCUCUGUCGACCCCAACCUCCCCAACGACGCCGUUUCCUCCUCCGAGUCCCGGCAGAAGCUGGAAGACGACUUCGAUGCCUUCACCACAACCAAAGCUGCCGACCUGGCCCAGCCGCUGGUGGAGGCUCAAAUUCCGUUCAAAAUUCACAUAGUUAAGGACCACGACAUGAAGGAGCGGCUGUGCUUGGAAGUCGAGAGGCUCCGGCUCGGCGUCGUCAUUAUGGGCAGCCGCGGCUUCGGCGCCUCCAAGCGAGCCGCCAAGGUGGGCCGGCUCGGCAGCGUCACCGAUUACUGCGUCCAGCACUGUGUUUGCCCAGUUGUGGUGGUGAGGUUUUCGGAUGACUCGGACGGGUCCGAACCCAAUGGCCCUAACCCGGUCGAGCUCCACCCGGUGCCUGAGGAGGACCACGAGGAGCUCAGUGACGCCGAUUCCGGUGAAGAUGACCCUCAAGAAAUUGCUUGAGAAGGCAACAGGGCUGCAUGGGUUAAAGGUUGAAGGGUUUUGCAUGGGUUAAAUCUUAUUGUAAUUAUGGAAGGUGUAAAUUGUUCUUUACUUUGCUGCCUCUGUUCUCAUUGUAAACUGUAAAUUGUGUGUAAAAUUGCUCUCUCUUUUGAUAUUGAUUUCA